AUGCUAAGAUCCAAUGUACAGCGAAACCCUCGUACGCGAAUCGUGCGUAUCGUGGCAGAACUCGAAGAAAUCCCAGUCAAGCUUGUGGAGGUGAUUCCACGCCAGAAUGUGGGCAAAACCGAGUACAUGGCCAAGUUUCCGCUCAGCCAGGGCAAAAUACCUGGCAUCGAGAUGCAGGGCUUGCGAUUGACGGAGACGAUUGCCAUCGUGACGUAUCUUUCCAAGUUCUCCAACAACGCGGCCCUUCUCGGAGACGGAUCUCGCGAGCAAGAGGCGAGCGUGCUGGCGCUGAUGAGCUGGGCCAACCAAGAGCUCCUGCCCACGCUGGCAUUAUGGUUCCUACCGCUCAUCCCUGGUUUCAUCGACCCACCGCCGUACAGCUACUCGACAGUGGAAUCAGGCAAGGCCAAGUCCCUGAUUUUAUUGACGAGGCUAGAGGAGUUCGUAGCAGGGAAGCAGUGGCUCAUCGGUGACCACCUGACAGCAGCGGAUAUUAUGCUUGCCAUUUACCUUUCCCGCGGUUUCGAGUGGGUUCUGGAUGCAAAGUGGAGAGAAGGCCAUCCGAACAUCAUGAAGCAUUUCCUGGCUGUCGUGGGACAGGACGCGGUCAAGAGAGUGGUUCCCGAGUUUGUGUUGAUCGAAACGGCGACGCCCAACGUGAAUCCGUACGAGCAGAAAUAA